UUGCUCCGUCACCGAGCUCACCCGCAAUUCCCAUCCCGUUCUGUCAUCAUGGCUGAUAUCGCUAAGGGAUAUCUGGACACGUAUAGAGAGGAGGAUCGACUGCUGGAGGUGCCCAUGAGUGGCAUCUCUUUUGUUGACUUUGGAGAGAAGGAGGCAAUCGGCACCGGCGGCCUGGGCUCCUGCACCGUGGCCAUGGUCGUCUCGGUGCACGGCGCGAUUCUCGCCCACAUCCCACCGCUGCCGAGUAUGCCGACGGAAGCGCAGAUGGCGGCGAAUCCCUACGCUGGGGAAAACAACGUACACGACAUGAUGACACAAGUCCAAAACGUGUACCAGUUUCGUCAACCUUGGUUCCCCACUGCAGCCGCCUAUAUAAUCUGUGGAACCGCUCAGGGGCAGAUGGUCGUGCCGCACCAAGUGGCGAUCAUGCAGGGCCGUUUUCGGGAGAUAGGCCUGGAGCCGGCGAUACACCACUACGAUAUAAACGCAGAUCGCUCCAGGCCUGGUCAAGGCACGGUCAUCGUCAUUUCCAAUGGGCCAGGCACCGUUCCAUCCGUCUACGUGGAAGACAUCCUGAUC